UGAAAAACAACCAUUGCAUCAUGACUUUGAGAAUAAAAGUGCUGCGCAUAACCUAGUUAAACCUGUAUUACGACAAAAUGGGAAAGAUAGUGGUACAGCUCGCCCUACUUGGGCUGAUGCUGGCAGUCGUCUACACACUACCAAACAAGGAGGACUGGGACAUCUACAAAUACCAUAUCAACUCCACAGUGACCGACGGCUAUGCCAUCACUAUCAUCACCAGCCGCGUGGUCAAUCGCAGGGAUCAGCCAACGGAAAUAGAAUUCCACGUCAAGAUUCCAAAGAAUGCCUUCAUUAGUCAAUUCAAAAUGUCGAUCGAGGGUCAGAUGUACGACGGAGUGGUAAAGGCCAAGGAAGAGGCUCAGCAGCAGUACAGCGAGGCCAUGUCCCGUGGUCAGAGCGCUGGGCUCGUUAGUUCUGUUGGGAGAUCCCUUGAGGAGUUUACGACCUCUGUCACUGUGGCUGCUCACCAAAAAGUGACCUUCGAGCUCACCCAUGAGGAGCUGCUGAAGAGGAGGCUUGGGCAGUAUGAGCUCCAGAUCUACGCUCGGCCCAUGCAGCCGGUCAAUGAUUUCAAGAUUGAUGUUAGCAUCUAUGAACAACCAGACAUAGUGUUCUCAGAGGUUAAAGGAGGUUUAAACAACCCUAUUCUUGCUACCAUCGGUGCCGCAGAAAGUCAAAAUCAGUUGGAUGUGCAUUUCCACCCAACAGUGGAGCAGCAGACUCUUUGCGGGGCCUGUGGAGAUGACGGUUUGAACGGUGAUUUGGUGAUUGUAUAUGAUGUCUUCAGGGAUGAAACCUUGGGACACCUCAAGGAAUCGGACGGGUUUUUUGUCCAUCACUUUGCUCCAACCGGAUUGGCCCGCAUUUCAAAGAAUGUCAUCUUCGUCAUCGAUCAAAGUGGCUCAAUGCAAGGCAGGAAGAUGCGCCAGACUCGUGCUGCAUUAGUUCAUAUCCUUGCAGACCUGGCGAUGGAUGACUAUUUUGGUUUGAUCACUUUCAACCACGCCGUCCAUCCAUGGAAGAGGGAACUUGUCCAGGCUAACGAACACAAUGUUGGUAUUGCAAAAGAGUUUGCACGAACAAUCGAAGAUCACGGAUCGACGGACAUUAAUUCUGCCUUGUUGGAUGGUGCAAAAAUGCUAAAUCAAAACCCCCGAGAUGGUUCAGCAUCUAUUCUUAUUCUGCUCACCGAUGGAGACCCUACCACUGGGGAAAGAAAUCCUGUGAUAAUACAGAAGAAUGUGAUGCGGGCCAUCAAUAAGAAGUUUCCAUUGUACUGUCUUGGUUUUGGUCAUGAUGUCAAUUUUGAAUUCCUGGAGAAAAUGUCCCUGGAAAACAGCGGAGUAGCGCGACGCAUCUACGAUGACACUGAUGCCGAUCUCCAGCUGAAGGGUUUCUAUGCAGAGGUGGCUACUCCUCUGUUAACCAACGUGAUGUUGAUCUAUGAAGGCGGGGCUAAUCUCACACAGACUAAUUUCAGCCACUAUUACAACGGCUCUGAGAUUGUUGUCGCUGGCCAGAUCACCGACAACAAUAUUGAGACGUUCUCUCCACGGGUUGUAGCCAUCUCGGGAAACAAACAUGUGGAAUUUUCUGAAACAAAUUCCAGUACUGUAAUGACAGCAUCUUUGUCAGAGAGCAACACCAGAAGGCUUUGGGCCUACCUGACAGUAAAGCAGCUCCUGGAUAAAGAGUUACAGCUAGAUGGUGAGGAAAAGGAACGGGCCAAACAGGAGGUGCUUGAACUGUCUCUGAAGUACCGAUUUGUGACUCCACACACCUCCAUGGUGGUGACAAAACCUCCCGGAGAGAACGCACAAGUGCUCCAUAAACCCAAGGAAGGAGAAAAGCAUCCAUUGCCUCGAGGGGGAUUUUUUAGAAGUGUUGUUUCCUCACUGCAUUAUGAUGAUCCCUCUUUCCCAGCGCAGAGAUUACAUGGAACGGCAAAUCGUCGUCGUCAGGGCACUAUGCAUCCGUCUUCCAGAGGUCCAGCCGGGAGGCGUGUUCAUCCUCAGGGCAGUAUGGAUAGCGAUCCCUCUUUCACAGCUGCAAUAUUACAUGGAGGGGGGCAUGUUCUUCAUCAGGACAGUAUGGAUAGCGAUCCGUCUUCCAGAGGUCCAGCCGGGAGGCGUGUUCAUCCUCAGGGCAGUAUGGAUAGCGAUCCCUCUUUCACAGCUGCAAUAUUACAUGGAGGGGGGCAUGUUCUUCAUCAGGACAGUAUGGAUAGCGAUCCCUCUUUCACAGCUGCAAUAUUACAUGGAGGGGGGCAUGUUCUUCAUCAGGACAGUAUGGAUAGCGCAUUAUUAACAGAUCGAGGUAUGACGUGGUCAGCAUCAUCACCAAUGUCAGAAUCCAUUACAGUUGCCAGAAUACCCUCUGUGUUUGCCCCCACUCUUGUUUCUAUAACGACUGUUCUCCAGAGGUUUGUGCGAAAAACAGUCAAUGGGAGCUUGCCACUGUGUUACGAUCUCAACGAAUUCAUGCUUCUUAAACUACUGCACAAUCCCAACAGAGAGCUCUCUAUCAAUGGUCAACUGGAGUCAUAUCCCAGUGUUGGCUUCAAAAGGAUUGUUAUCCACAACCAAAACCAACGUAUUGACAUCAACCAGCGUCAUAUACGCGUGAACGAUGGACAGAAUGCAACAAAGAUCCGAUGGGAGCCGAACAUUAUUGAUAUCCAAAGGGGAAAACUGAUUCAGAGCCACAACAAGACCACCAUAAUGAUCGAAGACUCGCUCUUGAUCAUAAUGCGUCAUGAAAAGAAGGGUAAAAGCCUUCUCUGGCCAAUCUUCAGUCAGGUCUCCAACGACCCAGUCGAAGGGCUUCUAGCUGUCAAACCAUUGGUCUACGAGAGCGUGUCUGCUCCGUCCGGGACAGUCACGGUCAGCGGCAAAACGUUCACGGUUUCAGAGGGCGACAUUUUCGACUACAGUGUGACAUCUGCGCCGAGAAUAAAGUGUUGGUUAACAUCUGCAGAGAAUGCCUUGGAGGGACGUCUGUUCGAUUUUCUUGUCAGCGAUUUAUAAAUGAAUAAAUUAGAAAUGAUCUGCAAUGCAAUUCCUUAUUGCACUGUUGCGUUCCUCAGCUUCAGAGGCAUUGUCAUGUCAACUGUUGGAUAAGUAAUAAGAGCAGACAAACAUUUGUUCAAGUAAUUAAUAAAAUGAACAUGAAUGAACAUUG